UAUAUUAUAACGCAAAAAACAUUGUAAUAUCAACUUCUGAUAUUCAAAAUAUUUCUUGGGCAAAAAAUGCUAAAGCUGGAUAAUUUCAUGAUAUCUUCUACGCAAACCUGGAUAAUUUAUGAAAUCAAGUUCCUGUAAACUUAAGACUGUUACAUUGCAAUGCCUUUCCGCUAAGUGAAACAAUGCUGGUAAUUUAACAGCAUUAUCAGGUUUAGGAUACUUUUGAAACUUUGAGGACCAAAGAGGUUGUAGCAUUAUGUUUGUGAAAGCCAUCACUAAAAUUGGAAAGCUGACAAAAACGUAAUCUAACGAAAGGAAAGGUUCCCAGCUACCUAAAUGUUGAUGCCAAGCUUUUUCCAUGCUUUCAGGAAAAUUCUUGUGACAGCCUUAAAUCCGAGUAGGAGAUAAAAAAUGAAAAUUUGGUAAUCGUAACUGAUCUAAGAACUCGCAGAUUAUUGUAUUUUAAGUCCCAAAAGGUCUGAUGGCCAAAAACACUGAAUAACGUAUUCAAAAAAUUAUUUGUCGACCUUGUUGAUACUAACAACAGUAAAAGAAUGUUUUGAACCAUUUAAUCCACAAGAAGAAUAAUUUAGCUAUCAUAUUUAAAAACAAAACAAUUAGUAAACCAAAUUUUGACAAGGAAAGCUCCCGACGGGAGAGAUUGAGUUAGAAAAAAAAAGUCGUUUCUGAAAUCUCUAUUUCAGCUUGAGCUUAGUGGGACGUUUAUUGCUUAUUUGGAGACGAAUGAUAUAAACUGCGAAAAAAUGACCGAAAAAUUUAAUUUUACCGUUUGUGGUUUACAAUUUGCAUUCCGUUUCCAUUUUAAAAAUCGACAAGAGAAGCGGGUGAUUUUACAAAGGUCUGAGUAAAACAUGACCUCAGUCUUUCCCAUCUUGAAAUUGUGGCAUGUUUUUAUAAAUGCUAUCGUGGAAUAUGUUUAAUUAACUCAGAGGUUCUUUUUUUCAUGUCUCAGCAACUAUGGAGGUUUUACUUAAAUCCCGCCUCUUCCUGUUUUGAUGGAUUUGUAUAGGAAUUGAAAAUAGGAAAAUAUUCCCCUCUAUAUCUCUUGAAUUUGGCUCGUGAUUUAGAUGUUUUUCUGAAACUUCUGAUCAAAAUUGGAUAAAAGGAAUCUCACCCAACCAUCUAUUGAUUGUAGCGUCCCAUUAUUGUUUUCGCUUUUCUUCACUGUUUUCCUUUCUUUCUAAGUUCAUGAAGUGUCCUCAGCCGCCGAGCCAAACAAACUACUUGUCAAUUAAAUUUUACAAUAGAUAUUUCAUCCUUUUUCUCAACCUGUCGCUGUAUUUUUAUCGUGUUCGUGUUAUUUUAGUAUUUUUCUUCGUUCUUGGUGAUUUUACGUGAAAAUUGGACAAAGCAUAUUAAUAAUAAAUAACAUUUGUGGGCGUCUACCUCAUAAAAAAGCGACAAUUUAAAGGCCUCUCAAUAAGCGUCCUACGGACUAACUCAGUGGGAACGACAGCGCACCGUUAGAAAGAAGAUUUUUGCUUGAAAUUAUCUCGUCGUAUAAAAAACGGUCUUAUAUUAUUAACUCGCCAUCAUAUUUGGAUGACAUAUAAUUUAUUACUUGACGACAAUUUAAAUACGUUAAGACGAAUAAAUCACGUAUUUUCCAAAAUACGUAGAGCAGUGUCAAUAAUGAUAAAUGCAAGUAGGUUAUUUUGCUUAAUGGACUAGACACGGGAAAACUUUCUUAGAAACUCCUGUCAGUGCUUUGUGGUGAGAGAAGAAGUGGGAUAUCGUUUAAUUGCGUUGGACUGGGAGAAAUAAGUCACAGGGUGAUAUGUGCGGUUAUUCUCGGCUAUUCUACCACCUGUCUGUCUAAAUUAUCCUCUGAAAUAUAACAACGCGACUAAUUUAAAUUUAUGACUUCCUUUGACAUGCAAAUUCAGGUUUAAUGGGCAGAAUAACAGGUAUGGUGCACUGAAUACCAUAUCUGAUUGGUUUUUUCUACUUCAUCCAAGCAGAUCUGAGAUAGAAUUAAUUAGAGGCCGACAUGGAGAAAUAUAUAUAUAUAUAUAAGAAAAAGUUUCAAGGUUUUGGUUCAAAUGAUCUCUCUGGCCUUUAUUUAUGACAACGUUCUAGCAAAGUUCCGUAACUUUUGAGGUGACGCUGUUUGGCUUGGCAAUCUCCGUGUGGUGUUUUGGUUAAGGUUCGUUGUUUGCUGGGGCAGACGCAAAAAGAAAAAUGUCGAACUUAUACAACGAGAACGACUCCUCUGCGGAGGAGACGGGGGAUGUUAAGAUUCUCAUCAAAGGUGGUGACAAGCUCAGCCCGGGAACUAACAAUGUGUAUGCGUUUUGCAAUCACUGCAAGAAGGACAUUUCUGUCGUGUACAUCAAGUCGGAGACGAACGGUAAAGAAUUAGCCGUGACGGAAACGUUGAAGACAAAUUGGCCAGCUGUAUUUGAGGGGGGAUUUCCUGAGAACGACUACGAGAAAUGCAAGAAGAACAACGAUUAUGAAAGCUGCAGGAAGCUGUUGGAUGAAAAGAAGAAGUCUGAUAAGAUUCACGAAUUGUGGGUUUCCUUUCUAGACUCGUGCACGUUGCAUGGGUUUCACUUUUGCUUCUCAGGUAACCCACCUGUGCGCCGUGUAAUAUGGACUUUAUUACUACUCGGGGCAUUCGCGUUAUUCUUCGAGAAGUGUACAGUGAGUAUUAAAAAUUACUUUCAGUUCCCUUUUACCACCACCACGCUUAUUGUCUACGAGAACAGUUUGGUGUUCCCUGCGGUAACUCUUUGCAAUUACAAUGAUGCUCGCUUCUCCAAAAUGAAUGGAACUCGUUUUCACGAGUUAUAUUUCAGAAAAGAGAUUAAGAGAGAAAACGUCAGUCACCUCAUGGAGGAAAUCUCAGGAGAAGAAAUGACAAACACACUGUCAAAUGCCGCCCAUCGACUUGACGAAAUGAUUCAGGAAUGUGAAUGGCAAAAAGAUUCAAAAUGUGACCAUAAAAACUUUACCGAGUUUAAGAACGCUGAUGGAGAUGUUUGUUUUACGUUUAACUCCGGUAAAAAUAGCUCGGCCCUUUUGACGAGCAGAACGGGUGAAGACAAAGGCUUACGUCUUCUCAUCGAUGUUCAGCAUUAUGAUUAUUAUUUUGCUGUUGAAAGUGCAGGCUUCAAGGUUAUUUUGCACGACCAAGAUGAAACUCCAGUUAAAAUGCAGGGCUUAGCCGUAUCUCCUGGGUUUACGACAUACAUGGAACUAAAGAAGAAAAAGAUCACGAACUUGCCUUCACCUUACCGAACCAAGUGCGGGAUGCCAAAGCUACGCUUCUUUGACAAAUACAGCAAAUCCAAAUGUUUCUUGGACAAACUUACCCGCUAUGUUGUCGAAAUUUGCAAGUGCCGUGAUUGGUUCAUGCCUGGAGCUGAUGAAGGAAUUCCUGUCUGCGAUCUCGUUACGAGCGAAAAGUGCAUGUGGCCGGCUUGGGUGCAUUUCGAAGACAAGAAGUUGGAUAGGUGUCCUGUGGCAUGUGAGAGCGUGGAGUUUUCAGCUCAGUUGUCGUACUCUCGCUAUCCAGCCAAUGCUUAUGCUGAUUUGCUUCUGUCCAAGCGGAAAAAUUUGACGGGAACACCCGAAGAAAACAGGCGAUUCCUCAGAGAUAACCUUUUGGAGUUGAGGAUUUAUUUCGAAUCUCUAACUUACUCUGAUGUGAAACAGGUUCCCAGUUACGAUCUGUACAAUUUGUUAGGUGACGUGGGAGGUCAAAUUGGUCUCUUUCUCGGCGCCAGUCUCCUGACAUUGGUCGAAUAUUUGGAUCUUCUGGCAAUGGUGCUAUUUACCAAAUACAAGUACCACAAUAAGUGACAAGCACAUAUACAGGGACUUUGUUAGUUUUGGAAAAAUUAACGACUGACAUAAUAUUCAGUAUGAUUCAAUUUAUGGGAAAUUGCUAUAACUAUUCAUAUCUCAACAUAUAAUCGAUGAUAUUAUUGUAUUAAAAAAGAAACUGAUAAUGAUAAAUGAUAUUUUUUAGAAGAGAUUUCAACUACGAAUCCAGACAAAAAAUGUGAUGUUUUGGUUUGGUAUUUGAAAUCUUCCCCUUAAAAAAAUGUGAAGAAGCUGAAUUCAAUCAUGGCAAUUCUAAAGAUGAACGUGGACAACUUUUAAAAUUCCUGUAGAAUCAAGACAGUUACAUUGCCGUGCUGCCUCGUUAAGGGUGGCAAUGCAGGAUAUUUAACAGCAUUAUCUGGUUCCACGAUGCCGGUGAAACUUGCACGACCGAAUAUAUUAUAGCAUCAUCUUCAUGAAAGCCAUCUUUGCAAUUGGAAAACUAAUCAAAAUUUGAUAAAAAAAAUCAAAAGACUUUGGACCUUUUUUUCCGUAACUAUCUCAUUGCCAUUGAUGUAAAGCUUUUUUCUUUUUAACAAAGUUCUCGCGGCAACUCUAAAUUUGGGUGCAUUUGGGAGUGGACGAAAAUGACGAUAAGUAUUUCUCAACUGAUCUGUUUAUUCACAUUAUUAUUGUAUUGUAAAAACGCGGGUUUAUACAUUUAAGAAAUUCUCUGUCGUUGGCACUUAUAGCAACAGAAAAAUGUUUUGAACUAUUUAAUCCGUAAGAAUAAUUGUAUAGCUAUCAUAUUUGAUAAUAACAACUAUGAUACGAAAUUGUGACCAAAAAAGGCUCUUAACGGUAGGAUCGUACACGUAAGAAAAAUUCUUUCUGUAAUAUCUAUUUUAGCUUGAAACUCAGGGAGACCACUGUUGGUUAGUUGGAGAACGUAGAGUAAUCCUGACCGCUUUGGCCUUGCUUUACUUCGCUCUGUGAUUGGUCUAAAGAACUGGCGUUACCCUCUCAACCAAUCAGACGCCAAGGAUAUUCUUGUGCAGCAUUUCUUUCAGCACAUCAUAAUAUUCGCCGUAUAAUAAUAAAUGUAGUGAAUGGAGAGAAAAGAAAGGAGAUUUUUUUGUUACUGCUGUAUAGAUUUAAAGGAAGGCUGGAUCUAUUCUGCAGACAGUCAAUCUGAAAAUCAUACCUAUAAUAAGUUUCUUAUGCGCAGUGACAUAAUUUGACAUAAGUGCUUGACUCAAACUCCAUAUUCAAAACUGUGAUGAAGAUGGGUAUUUUGUGGUUAAUGAUUAAUUCUCCUCAUUGCAAGUUCGCCCCCUAACGUAAGACAAGCUCACCCCCUACAUUAAAAGGUUGAUUGGAGGCGAACCUGUAAUGGGGUGAAUUUAUCGGUUACCAUAUUUUGAUCUUGUCAGAUGAUGGUGAAUCAAACUGUUUUGUGCUUUUUUAGGUCUCUUCCUUUGAGUUGAGGUUAGUAUUUUUUUUUUUUUUCAAGCAAAACGUCAAGAUUCUCACUAAAGAUUGUUAAGAUUACUUGUUAUCUGAUGGUCAAUUUUGUCACUGAGCACACGAUACUGAUAUAUGGUUUGAAAUAAAUCGGAAAUGCUGUUAUAAAAAGA